AGAACCUGAAACGAGCUGCGUGACAGUGUCUUCAUUGUUCCAUUAAGUCCCCAUGUGCAUUAUUUAUUUUAAUUAAAAUACAUUGAUUUGUGCUUUUGUGACAGAAAUUACAAUAUCAAUAGCACAAGAAAAUAUCUAAUAUGGACGUGUUGUCGAGACCGGCUGAAGAGUUCGGAAACGAUGAAACGCUGGAGAGAUUGUGGGCAGCGAAGGCGAUGGAGCACAGUGAUAUCUAUUUCAAUAUGCUCUGUUCCGUGGACACUAGAUGGCUGCAGCUAACGCCAAACGACGACCUCAUCUACACACACUUCAAGCAAGACUUCCCAGACAUGGAUGUAUCCUAUGUAAACGAAAAUGAAAUCAAGAACAGCAUGAACAAGGCAAAAUGGAGAAUAUUCUGUGAAAAGUUUAAAAACAUUGUCGAAGAUUACAGUUUUGGUACACUCAUGAGGGCAGAUGCAAAAGGUGAUUAUUCAGAAGUAAACACAAUGCUUGUUCCUAGAGUUCAGUUCUAUGCUAUAGAAAUUGCAAGAAACCGAGAGAAUUUGAACAAUGAGGUGAAAAAGCGGUUCAAGUGUAUGGCAAAACCCAACAUAGAGGCUCAGGAACACAGCAAAAUUGCCACAUAAGAACUAUAUGCACUUAAAGGCUAGUUUUGACAAGGAAAGUUUGGUUUUACAGAGUUUUAUGGAUUAGGUGGUAACAUUCACUUUCAAUAGUGAUUAUAAUGAACACCUAAUUGUGCGGGAAUCGAAGACUUGUGAUAUUUAUGCAUUAAUUGAAGUAAAAUUAUUUGUAUAUUUUAAAAAAUAUAGCAUUUUGAUGUAAGGGAAGUUCUUUAUAAUUUUAAAUUGUUGUAUGUAUAGCAACAUUGAAUUUCUGUAAUAAAAUGUAAUUUCUGUUUUACUAAACCUAUUUUUAAAGCAAAGCAGCUACUUGAUAAUUGUGUGAUAGCAUUAUUCUAUGCUGUAUACCCUUUUUAAAUUUUAAAGUACUUUUAUGACUCUUCUUGUGCAAACUAGCCUAAUUUUACGAAAACCUAAAGCAUUCUCAAAUAAUGAUCAUAUUACAAGUAGUAUACUCUCAGUAGUAAUAAAGUUAUGGUAAAUACUGGCCAAAUAGGUUUUUACUAGACAUUAGCCACCGUCCCAAAAGUGACUAUAAAAAUUAAAAUAUGAUGUUUGUAUUCCAUCUUGCCAGCUUCUCACAUUAACAAUACGCAUAGAAUAACAUAUUCAGCAGUACUAUUACAUGUAAAUCUAGAUAUUAAAAAUAUUUUUACAAAAACCAUUUUUAAUACUGACAUUAAAACUUUUUAUAAAGGC